AUGCUGGACUCUGAUGACGACCUCUUUGGUGCGUUCGACGAUAUAGACGAGACUAUCAUCGCCGCUGCCGACGAAGCAGAGAGCAAGUUUCUGGAGUCACAGCGCACUGUGCAGACUGGUCGCGUCCUUUCAGAGCCACAAUCUCCCCCUCCGCCCAAAAGACAGAGGCUUGGCUAUGGCUGGGCACCACAACCCCCGAGAAUCGUCUCUUUGAAUAGCUUUGAUAGUCUCCCAGAAGUCUCCGUGUUUGACAAUGGUCUCUAUGACCUGGAGUCAACCAGAGAUCAUGCCUCAAGACUUGACGAGUCAGUAUCCGUGAAUCUCACGCAGGAACAUACGCCGCCAAUCUCUCAACAGACACAAGAUGCCCCUGUCUAUAACGUACCAAUAACCAAUGUUCAGAGAUCGAUGACAGAAGAGCCCGAAGGGAGGCCUAGGCUUUCUCAGCAGGCUCUUGAAAAUGCAUCCCAAGGUCAUGCACCAGCGGCGACAGUGAAUAGACAGAAAGAAGCUCAACUAGAGAAGGAGCUAGGGGCUCUUCGCGCCGAAUUUCAGAAGCUGAGAGAGGAGCAAGAGCUCGUGCAGAGGAAUCUCAAAGAAGCGGAAGAUGCGCGUUUGGCAAAGGAGGGAGAAGUUAGCAUCUUGCGGAAGGGUAUUCAAAAGACGGCACAAGAGCAUGCCGCCGAAAUAACGAGAAUCAAAGCUGCGAAAGAAGCAGCGGAGGCUAUGCAGACCCAAGCUCAGAAACAACUAAAGGAAGAGAUGGAUCGACUGAAGACUCAAUUUGCUUUUAAGCAACAUGAGCUCGAGACAUCUGCACGUAGCUCACCGUGGACCGUCCGGUCGAAGAAAAGCCAGAAGCAGGCGCCCCCAACUCCUGUAAAGAUGCCUGCCCAAAUGCGAGAGUGGAACGCAGGCCCAAGCAACCUGAGCCAAGGUUCCAACUAUCCUCGUGACGAUCCAUUCAGCUCCCAGGGAUUUGAGGUGCCUCGUCAGAAGGUCAGGGCAGUUGCCGAAAAGCCAAAGAAAACUUUACCGGGUUUUGUCAAUGCCUUUGAUUUAUCUCCGCCCAAAUCACAGCCCAAGAGCAAGGGCAAGAGCAAGGAGAAGGAGCAAAGCGUUAUGGAACGCGAGGCGUCCAUGCCUGGCUGGUUUCCUGCUCCGUCUAGUCAACGGCCUAUCUCUCCGCCUCAGAUGCACUCGUCUCCCGUUACCAGUCCACCGAGCACUCCAACGGGAGUAAGAGGCUCUAAGUUCCAACCGUUCGAUAGGAAUGUACGCGUUAUGGGGCCUCCGCCUGAGAGGAACGUAACUGAAGAUCCCAUGGAAGUCGAUUCAGAUGACCAAGGGCAGGCAGUUCCAUUAGAGGAGUCCCCGGCAGAAGAAACACUCGAAUUACCAUUCAUGGACUGGCGCGCUGAGUUGCAUCGAAUUGUGAUGACACACCGAUAUCCCUCAUCGCCCACACUCACCAUGCACCUCCUCAUGAGCACUACCCUGUAUGCCUCGGCAUCCAUCGAACAAGUGCAAACAUAUCGCAUUCUGAAUGACAAGCUUCUCGAGAAUCUAGGCACAGCCAUGAUCUCAGGCGACGACGCAGAUAGUGCCAACCAUGCCCUUCUUUCGAUCCUGGUAGGAAUGGUUGGGAUCUUGCACGCAGCCGCCAUGUUCCCGCCCUUGACAUCGCUGCUUCAUCUGCUGCGUGUCCUUGCGCUUUACCUUCCAACUUUCUCGCAUUUUGUGCUGGCACCGCCUGAACGUGACGAUGCAGCAGACGACGAUGACGCUCCGCAGAUCCUUGUGACGUUGUGCGAUAUUAUUCGGGUGCAUGUCAUCGUCAAGGAUCCAUUCCCAGAUGAGCUGGUCGACUUAGCAAAAGAAACGCUCGGUCUACUCGAGGUCAUAACGUGGACCAUACCGGCGAACCUCGUUCCGCGACUAGCAUACAUCCCGCGGAGUCCAGACACACUCUCCACCAUGCUCGCCCCUGGUCUACCCACCUCCCUUCUGGCGCAUGCGACCCGUUUACUAACACUCCUUGCUUCUCAUCAUUCCCUUUUCAGACACUUGUUGGCUCUGCCUCCAGAGGCAGAUUCUCUGACCCAAAGCAGCGCGUCACCCAAUUUCUCCAGGUUGCCCCAUAUCGAGCAGCUCUCCGCCUACCUGAUAGAUACUUCCCGAAAGGGAGCUGAAGCUGAUGCUCUUAAGGAGUCUAUCCUUGCAUUUGUUGCAAGCUUAUCUGUUGCUCACGCCGAUGCUAUCACUAUCCUUGUGCAAUCUCAAACCCUCAUCCCAUCGAUGGUCGUCUUCCUGACACAAGUGUCCACUCCUUUUUUUGAGGAGGAGCCUUCGUUGAUGCGUUCUCCUGCAAGGGUCGAAUCCGUUGUUGUCCUUGUUGUGCGGACUAUGUCCCUUCUGUACAGCCUGGUUUUCGGCGCAGGGUCGUCGUUCAACCUACGGCAGAAGAUCCUACUAUGCCCCCCAAGCCGGCAGUUUCAUGGAAUACAGUAUAUGCUCCUAGUGACACUGGGCAGGCUGAGCUACGCAGAGCCACCUCAGACGCUUACUACAAAGCUGCAAAAUCAGUUAGACCAGACGCUAGAUAUGGCGAAGGGGAUGCUCGAGCUGCUCGUGGACGGGCCUGAGCACGAGGCCAUCUGGGCAGCAUUCCAAGUCGAUAAGGACGAGCCUAUGAACAGUAUCAAGACAGAAGAUGACGACGAAGAACGGGAAGCACGCAUACAGCUACCUGUCGAGAGCCAGGAGGUAUAA